GUGGGGGAGGCGGCGAGGAAACAAAAACAAUCGUCCGGGCGCCGCCAUCUUGGGUCCGUUCUCCACGCCACACAAGUGAAUGGGUAGAUAUGAAAUUACCACAGGGGAGCAGCAACAGCAGCAGGGUACGGAGGGCUGUUCCGAGCUGCCAGCGGGACUCGGGAGACUCUAGAGACGGCUCCUGCCGCCACCGCCCAGAGAAAAUCCCCGGGCUCGGCCUUUUCUCCUCGCCAACCCCUAAACUGCACUCCUGGAGGGACAAAGUUGGUCUCAGCCGCGCUGCCUUCGCCGCCCGGGAGACGAGAGAGUUGCGUUCGGCAGCGGCUUCCCUGGAGCCGGGAGUGAGCCGGGGUCAGAGUUAGGGGAGAGGGUGACGAGGGGAUUCCGCCCCCCUCCGCCCUCUGGCCGGGGCUCGCCGGGUGCGCUGUGUGGGAGGCACGAGAAGACAGCAGGAGCACAGCCGGCUUUUCCCUUCCACCCCUGCUCGCUCUUAUUCCUUUCUCCUAGAAGAAAAAAAAAAAAAAAAAAGGGCACGAACUGGAUCGAGUUGGGGGAGGAGGACCGUCUCGGGUCUCUGUCUGAGCGGCAGCGGGGCGGGCGCGGAGAUGUGUCCGUGAGGAGUUGGAGAGCAGCGUGCCUCGGGCGGGGGAGCCGCUAGCCUGCUCGGCGGGAGGAGGGGACCCGUCGCCCGGCCGGCCAGCCCGGAGGGGGCCCGCAGCCCCCGCCGCCUCGCUCGCCUCCUCGCCGCCAAAGAAGCCGAAUUCUAGAAGCACGGCAGGCAAGGAAAGGAUUUGCCACAAAGAAUAUAUCACCCUCCUCCCCAGCGGCUGGAUACUGCAUUUUUUUUUUUCCUCCCAGUCGCUCUUCUGUGUUUAAAUACCAAAUAUAGCCUCUUGGGGGGGAGGGGAUGGAAAUCUCUUAGAAGAAUUUGAGAUCUUGCUGGGAUUCGGGAGUGCCGGUGUUGCACGGCCCGGGAGAAGGACCGCGGAGACGGGGGAGAAGAGGGGUUGAUGCGCGGCUCUCGCUGACUGGCCGAAGGACUAGAGAUUUGCCACUUUUCGGGAAGCCCGAAGGUCGGUUUGUUAUCAAACUGUCGUUUCUCCCCUUUCCCUCUUCUGGGCUACGCUAAAUCCCUGAGCAUUAAUAAAGAAAACCGAAGCGUCGCCCACGUGAGCUGGUGGCUUUCCAUUAUUUUUUUUUAAUUAUUAUUUUUUUAAGGUAGUUUUCCUCAAGAAACUGACAAAACUUCCUCCCUUCACCCGGAGGCUUUUGAGGUUUGAAGCUGAGAUGGAGCUACUUUUCUCCCAAACACUACAUGCUGUAUGAGGGGAGCCAGGACGAAAACAUCGUGUUUACUGAUUUCGAUACGACUCCCCGACACUGGGAACCCACGAGGGAUGCUUCACGGAGCUUGAUGUGGAAAAGUGUUGGUGUGCUCAGAGCCUUCGUCGUGUCCAGCAGCUUAAUUGUUGACUUUUUUUAAAAAAAGUGGAUUCGUAGCGUACUUUUAUGAAUUAAAUUUUGCCACCGUUUGUACAGACGCCAAAUGACACGUGUGUUUUGAAGCAGUUCCAAAUAGAUCCAUCCCUUAACCCGGAUUCUCGCUAGAAAGAGCCGGUGGGAGAUCGUCAGUGGCUAAGCGAAUCUGAUUUUACUGUUUUAUGAACAUUAUCUGCUGCAGAAAUGUUGCUAUAGAUUGCUUUAUAACGGUUCAGCAAGAAAGGAGCUCUUCCAGCUUGCAGGAGCCAGGAAACUGGAUACUUAAAGUCACUUAAAUGUUUUAACAACGUUGGAAAAUGGGAGCUGCUACUAAGUUGGCGUUCGCUGUUUUUCUUAUCUCUUGUUCUUCAGCUGAUUGCCUGGGUGGGAAGACACAGCAAAAAAACAGCGCUGACCUUGGAGAUUGGGGCCCGUGCCCUCACACCUAUUGGUCUCAAUUCCAGUUGCUCACUUGGCAAAUCAGGGUGACACAAAAGAUACUGUUUCAGCACAGUGUGCCUUCUGCUGCAGUGCUUUGUGUUAAGGAAGCUACAUUGUGGAUGAAAGCUAAGGGGAAAGAUGUUGAUGGUUUAAAACUGAAUUUAUGAGUUGGAUUUAGGUUUCUAAGAUGCACUAGCUGCUUUUUUGGCACCUGUAAGAAGGUGCCAUACUUGGCAGAUCAGAAACACAAGAGUGUAUCUACUACAAUGCUAAUUGGGAAAAAGAUAAAACAAAUCGCAGUGGUAUUGAACCUUGUUAUGGUGAUAAAGAUAAAAGACGACACUGUUUUGCUACAUGGAAGAAUAUUUCUGGAUCAAUUGAAAUUGUGAAGCAAGGUUGCUGGCUAGAUGACAUCAAUUGUUAUGACAGGAAUGAUUGCAUCGAGAAGAAGGACAGCCCUGAAGUGUUUUUCUGCUGUUGUGAAGGCAACAUGUGUAAUGAACGCUUUUUCUAUUUUCCAGAAAUGGAAGUCACGCAACCAACUUCCAAUCCUGUUACACCUAAGCCACCUCUGUUCAAUACCUUGCUUUAUUCAUUGGUGCCUAUAAUGGGAAUUGCAGUGAUUGUGCUCUUUUCAUUUUGGAUGUACAGACAUCACAAGCUAGCGUAUCCUCCAGUACUCGUUCCGACCCAACACGCCUUUCAUAUAAUGAUUGAGGAUCCUGGACCACCACCACCUUCACCGCUGAUGGGUUUGAAGCCAUUGCAGUUACUAGAGAUUAAAGCUAGGGGAAGAUUUGGUUGUGUGUGGAAAGCUCAACUACUAAAUGAGUAUGUUGCGGUCAAAAUAUUCCCUAUUCAGGACAAGCAGUCAUGGCAGAACGAAUAUGAAAUUUACAGUUUACCUGGAAUGAAGCAUGACAAUAUCUUGCAGUUCAUUGGUGCAGAGAAAAGAGGCACCAGCAUUGAUGUCGAUCUCUGGUUAAUUACAGCAUUUCAUGAAAAGGGUUCAUUAACAGACUUUCUCAAGGCUAAUGUAGUUUCUUGGAAUGAGCUAUGUCACAUCGCUCAAACUAUGGCUAGAGGUUUGGCUUAUCUUCACGAGGAUAUACCAGGGCUAAAAGAUGGACAUAAACCUGCCAUCUCACAUAGGGACAUCAAAAGCAAGAAUGUGCUGCUGAAAAAUAACCUUACAGCUUGUAUCGCUGAUUUUGGUCUAGCUUUAAAGUUUGAGGCUGGAAAGUCUGCAGGGGAUACACAUGGACAGGUCGGUACACGAAGGUAUAUGGCUCCCGAGGUACUAGAAGGUGCUAUAAACUUCCAAAGGGAUGCGUUUUUGAGGAUAGAUAUGUAUGCCAUGGGGUUAGUCCUCUGGGAAUUGGCAUCACGCUGUACUGCCUCAGAUGGCCCAGUAGAUGAGUACAUGUUGCCAUUUGAAGAAGAAAUUGGACAGCAUCCCUCCCUUGAAGACAUGCAGGAAGUUGUAGUUCAUAAAAAGAAGAGACCUGUGUUAAGAGAGUGCUGGCAAAAACAUUCUGGGAUGGCGAUGCUUUGUGAGACAAUAGAGGAAUGCUGGGAUCACGAUGCCGAAGCCAGGUUGUCAGCGGGUUGCGUAGAAGAACGGAUUAUUCAGAUGCAAAAAUUAACUAACAUUAUAACGACAGAGGACAUUGUGACUGUGGUCACAAUGGUGACAAACGUUGACUUUCCUCCCAAAGAAUCCAGUCUAUGAUAGUUGCACUGGUCAUGUCACUGACCACCGGGACUCUUCACUGGAGCUGCUACAGCUAACGGGACUGCUCACGUCAUCACUGUUUCUGUGUGAAAAGAAUGGUAAGUCUCUCUGGAACAUCAUCAAGAGGUGUUUUUCCUUUAUUUUCCCCCUUCCUCCUCCCGAACCUGGAUCCGUGAGACUUUUUGCAUUCCCUGCUUACACCUGAAGGACACGUGACGGAGAAACAAUAACACGCUGUUAAGGAACUUAAAUGAAGAAUAUGGACCUGUACUGGCUAAUCAAGCAUUUUAAAAACUGACAUCAGAUUUCUUAAUACCUGUCAGAAGAGACUAAUUCCUUAAAUGAACUACUGUUAUUUUUUUUAAAUCAAACAUUUCAUUUCAGAUUUAAAAAAAGGGUAACUUGUUUUUAUUGCAUUUGCUGUUGUUUAUAAAAAUGACUAUUGUAAUGCGAAUAUGACACAGCUUGUGAAUGUUUAGUGUGCUGCUGUUCAGUGUACAUAAACAAAAGUAAUCAAGUGGGAUAUAGCAAAGAGGCUUCCAAGUAUUACUUAACCUCCCUCAACAAGGUAUACCUCAGUUCCACCUCUGCUAAAUUAUGAGAUUGAUGACACUAACAAAAUUUGAAUAAUAAAUUGAUCCAUGUUUUGUAAAUGAUGUAUUUCAAAUUCACUGUGUUAUUUAAAAAGGGUAAGCUAUGCUUCAUGCCAACAGUAAAUGGCCAUUCCUAAAGCAGUGUUUUUAGCCUUUUCUUGUACUAGCUUGUUGUGUAUAAAAAAAAAAAAAGUGCUGUUUAUUGAAACAAUUUUCCUUCCUCUUUUAGUUUAAAGCUUUUCUCUUACCUCCAUUUCCCAGAGUAUCUCUCAUACAUUUAUUUAACUGAAUACUAUUUAGGUUUGCUGUGUCUGAGGAAUAUUUGAAAACUUAAGCAUGACUUUUUUUUAAUUUUCUGUGAGCUAUGACACUGGAAAGCUCUGAAUUCUUGUUGUUUUUUUUUAAAAAAAAAAAAUAAGUCUUUUCCCUAUUUAUGUUUGUGAAAAGGUCUGCCUAGUGUGUUUUCUGUUUCACUAAACAGUAUGCAGUGGGUUCUGUAUCACUGUUCCAGGAUCACCUCAGGAAGCUCAGUUACCCCGAAUUCCUUCCUCUCCGCUUUGAGACUUGCAACUGCCCUCUACUUAAAGCUUGGUGCCAUCUUAUCGGAGUACUACUUCAUGUGUGUGACACGUAGGUUUGUCCUAGAACCCUAUGAAAAAAUUCUAGCCACAGAUUUCAGAUUAUAAGUGCUUGCAAAUUUCAGGGAUAAUUCAGUUAACACUUACAGCGUAAAAUAUGCAAUGACUAUUUAGAGGUAACGAAUACCAACGUCCAUAGCACAGACUCACAAAAAAUGACGAAAAACAUUGAAAUUGCUUUCACAGCUCCAACAUUCUUUCUGAGUUUGGGAAGUCAUGCCUUAUAUUUAAAUGACAAAGUGACUGGUAGACAGGUGCCAAACAUUUCAUCCUUUACACAAACUUCCCAGUAAAACUAAAUUUUGUAAACUCUAGAGUACAGAACCGACUAUAGCUAGUAGCAUGCCGUGUAUUUGAGCAUUGUUUUGUUUUUACACCAAUGUCUUUCGAAAGAAGCUUUUUAAAUGUUGCAGUUAGGAGCUCACUGUGAAUGUUAUCUCAAAAAUUGAUCCGUACAAAUACCCUGUUUUACACGUACAUGAACUUAAUCUCUGGGAACAAUAGGAGACGUUACAGAUAACCAAGACCUAGGUCAGCAUGCUCUGGCAGGGAGGGGAAGGAAGGUGUAGCUGUGCCACCUGUGUCCCUGCGCUGCCCGGCCGGCUGUCACACACGUGCCUGAGGCUCCAGGGAGCUGGGAGUGCCCUGCUCCAAAGGGGUGGCUGAUGCUGUAGGGUGCAACUCCGUGGUGUUCAGCUUGGCGAUAAAAAGAAAAAAAAGCAAGCAAUCUCGUUUGUGGCCGUUUCUUUGAUUGACACUUUCCUUUUGCUUCCAUUUUUAAUCCAGGGAUGUUACUUUAUGCACACAGCAGGGCGUGAAUGUAGCUGCUGAGUUCUGAACAAAUAAACAUCCAUUCAUACUUCACCGCAGACCCCUGUCCUCCCAGUAAGUUUUAACCCCUUUAAUGAAAUAAAUAGAGAUGGUUUAAUAACGCAUUAGUCAAGGUCUAAUGCAAAAAUGGGUCAUGUAUAGCGCAGCAGCUGCGCGUAACCCCUUACGCUGGUGCCGCCAGCCGGAGCGGCAAGGGCUGAGGGCUGGGGUCUCGCUCGCACUUCGCCUCACAGCCCCCGCACUCAGCCCGGCCCCAGGGGGAGCGCGACAGCGUCCCUUCCUCCCUCCCUCUCCUGAAGCUGCUGCUGGGUAUCCCAGGUUGGUUCAGUGGCGCACUGCUCUGAGUUUCCUCAUUUUUAACAGUGUAAUUUAGUGUCACUGUGGAAAGGAUGUUGAUAGUACAAGUGUUUCUCUUUGGUGAUGGUGACAUCCCCGGAGCUGUUCUGGUCCAAGUGUUCUUGCAGGCAUUUUGAUUGGGAUUUUUGUUUCAUGCCUAGAGCAUUAAGCGUGCGAACCGGGAAGUUGGCAGCAGCACCUUGAGAGUGUAGAUGAGGGCAGGACUCCGUGAGAUCCAUGCUAGCGGAAGCCUUCGGCAUUAUUUACUAGCAGGCAGUGACCAUUCUCCCUUCGUGUCCCGUGGUGCUGUGGCACGAGCUCCACUGGUCACCCUGUCCUCUGGCUCGUGAGGCACGGCCAGGCCCCUGCCCUGUGGGCUCAGCCCGCUGUAGCGGCGGCUCAGACCUGCCCCGCGACCCCCAGUCUGCCCCCGGCCUCGCCAGGAGCUGAAGCCUGGUGUUACUUUUUACACUGUCUUAGAGGGGAAGAAGCUUCUGUAUCGCGUCCUGUGUGACUCUGUACUUACAACUACACGUAGCAUUUCAGAGCAGAGACUCUGCCUGGGAGUUGUUGAGCUAGCACUGUUACUUGUGGUUGUGUUCUGGAACUACGCUGCGGGGACUGAAAUGCACCGUUUCCUACCUUCCAUCUGAGAUUUCCAAAAGUGGGUGUAGUUUUCAAAUACCAACUUCAGGUGUGCCAACUGAAUUGUAACCAGACAGUAAUAAGACUUUUUCCCAUUCAUUUUAGCAUUUGACAGAAUAAAUAGGGUUACCGGUUUGCUCUUUUUCCAGCUUCUUUUUUAACCUUUUUUACUACAUUUACUUUUAGUAGGAACACUUGGUACAACAUGCAGAAAGCUGCAAUAUACCUUCAUGGGCAAAACGAUUCAAGUAGUAUCCUUGACGGAACAUCAUUUACCUCAGAUACUCAACCAGCAGUACUUUCCCCCCCCCCCCCCCUUUUUGUUUUUUAAUGCUGUUUCAGUCCAUAUACAAUUCGUUACCUCUCAAGAUUUUGGUAAGCAAUUAUUUUAACUUUACUCUUUGUAUUUGUCAGUGUUUUGGGCACAGGUUGUUGUACUACUGUCAAAAGGUACUUGCUGUUUUUCUGCAAGUGCUAAAAACAAACCAACCCCCCCCACCCUCAAUAAAGUGAUUGUUAAAUAUUGUACAAAUGAAAAUGUAUACUCUUUCUCCCCUAUUGCCCCAAAAAGUUAAAAUAAAAAAUGUGACUACUA